UUUAUGGAUUGAAGGAAAUCUUCAUAUAAACUUUAUGACUUGAAGUUUAAACGUCACAUUAUGAUACUUUAGAAUUGCAUGGGAGUAUUUUGUUUUGUUUGGAGCUGUUUGUUUUUUUCUUUAUUACUUUUAUUAAAGGAAUGAUGUUCGUUUUGACAGCCUGCAGGUCACUUGUAUCUGCUUUGAAAUGGAUGCUGGAGGCUGGAUUGUUUCUGAGGCAGGAAUGCACCAGCUGUGAGUCGUGCUGCAGUGCCAGGGGACUGUAAAUAGGGACGCACCGAACGAGCUUCCUGCCGGCAGACAGCAGAGAGGACUGAAGUCAGGUGGGUACUGAGUAUUUCGCCCUCUCUCGCGUCUGCCGCUGCUUGGACCUGCUUAUAGUACCAGCCACAGCUUCCUGCCUGCUUGCUGCCCCACAAAAGACUACCCGCACAACCCUACAGUCCUGCUGGUGACCCUAUACGACCCUUACCGCUCGCUCACACACAGACAGACAGAGCUGAAGUGUGCACCGUUGAAUCUGUCAACCACAGCCUCAGGAUUUUUGCUUUUGGAUCCAUUACAGCAAUUCUCCUUUUUUCCUCACAACAUUCUUUUUGCUCUGGCCUGGCGUGCAUCUUAAAGGAAAGGGAAGCUUAAUGAUCUAAGUACGAGAGGAACGCUCCUAGAAGGACAAACGGGAAGUCUGUUUCUGACAGACGCAAACACACCCAGAGUAGGUAGGGAUUUUAGCUAAAGAUCAGACGCCGCUAAAGCGCGCUUCGACGUGGCGAUGAUGAACAUGGCUCACAUGAGGGACACGAAAUGGCUGACGCUGGAGGUGUGUCGCGAGUUUCAGAGGGGCACGUGCUCUCGCUCCGACGCCGAGUGCAAAUUCGCUCAUCCCGCCAAGAGCUGCCAGGUGGAGAACGGGCGAGUCAUCGCUUGCUUUGAUUCGCUGAAGGGCCGCUGUUCCAGAGAGAACUGUAAGUACUUGCACCCUCCUCCUCACCUGAAGACACAGCUGGAGAUAAACGGCCGUAACAAUCUGAUCCAGCAGAAGAACAUGGCAAUGCUCGCUCAGCAGAUGCAGCUAGCCCAUGCCAUCAUGCCUGGAAGUCAGCUUCAGCCAAUGCCUAUGUUUUCGGUCCAGCCAAGCCUUGCAAACAACGCCAGUGCGGCCGCAGCAGCCGCCGCUGCGGCCGCGUUUAAUCCUUACCUGGGCCCGGUGUCACCCGGCCUGAUGCCCACAGAGAUCCUUCCCAGCGCGCCUGUGUUGAUGGCGGGCAACCCGGGGGUCGCAUCCGUGUCCUCCAACGCUGCUGCGGCAUCAGCUGUGGCAAACCAGAAACUCCUCAGAACAGACCGCCUGGAGGUGUGUCGUGAGUACCAGCGCGGCAACUGCUCUCGCGGAGAGACGGACUGCAGGUUUGCCCACCCUGCCGACAGCACAAUGAUCGACCCCAGCGAUAACACAGUGACCGUGUGCAUGGAUUACAUAAAGGGCCGCUGCUCCAGAGACAAGUGCAAAUACUUUCACCCUCCUACACACCUGCAGGCCAAGAUCAAAGCGGCCCAGCACCAGGUGAAUCAAGCCACGGCCGCGGCAGCCAUGACUCAGUCGGCUGUCAAAUCACUGAAGCGACCCCUCGAAGCCACCUUUGACCUGGGAAUUCCUCAUAGCAUCAUGGCGCCUUUACCAAAGCGACCUGCGCUUGAGAAAGCCAACGGCGCCACAAGCAUGUUCAGUGCUGGCAUGCUCCAGUACCAACAGGCUCUGGCCAACAUGCAGUUUCAGCAGCAGGCUGCCUUUUUUCCGUCAGGCUCAAUAUUGUGCAUGACCCCUGCAGCGGGCUUGGUUCCCAUGAUGCACGGCGCUUCCCCGGCCGCUGUGUCCGCAGCCACCACAUCUGCCACAAGUGUUCCCUUCGCAUCUGCAUCAGCCAAUCAGGACUCUUCUCUAUCAAAGCUGACUGCCAACGAAUACAUGCAUUUGAUUCCAAUAAUAUCUGCAGAGCAUCUGACUAGCCACAAGUACUUGACGCAGAUGUAGUUCCAGUUCAACAAUCAAAGGAAUGUGCUGUUGUCCCAGUCAAAAGGCAAACAGGAGAAAUUGUACAUUUUAAAGUCAAGAACACACCUCGGAUACGAUAAACCAUGAAGAUUAGAAUUUGAUCACAUCAGGUUGAUGUAGGCUUGUACAACACGGGGUGAAACUGUGUCCUUCUGCAUGAUAUGUAGAUUAACUACAUAACUAUGUUCGACGGGGCAAAACCUUUCAAAAUAUAACCCAGAAUUCGUCGUUUUCAUCCUGUCUGACCUAACACAGUUUUGGCAUGUUUGUAGACCAAGAGAUUUCUUUUUUUUUUAUUCACUUUUCUUUCUCCAAAUUUGUCUGAUGGUUUACAAAGGGUUACCUUUUAAAAACAGAAUGGAAAGUAUAUGGCACAAAUCAUCCAGUGAAAUUCAAUGUAUGCGCGUUUUCUUAAGUUUCUAGUCAAACUAGAUUGUAAACGCGAGAUCGGACGUGAUGGAUGAAUGUUUCUGGCGGAAACGCAUCACCCGAGACCUUUGAAAAGCACAUUCUCGCGAGCUUUCCGUACCAUAACCACAAGCCGAAUACCAUACACCAACCUAGAGUGUUAUAUCAACAGUGUUAUUAUGUUUACUAGAGAUUCAUGUUUUUUACAGCGCUUGUUUUUAUACAUAAUUUCACAAGUGUGUGGGUUUUUUAUGAGACGUGCCAUUUUUAUUGAGUUAGCCGAUCAUCCGUUAGGCCUUGUAGAACUAUGAAGCCUUUUUGACUCCUACGAGAACAGGGUCGCCUUGUUCCUAAUGCCCUGUUUCUUUAUAUUGCCUUGAUCGAUAGAAUGUCCUGAUAAACGGCGAAAUCAAAACGAUAGUGUCUUUAGGAGGUUGUUGUGGAGGUAGCUUGGAACGGAGCAAUGUCGCUCAAGUCUUCACGUGAGGACUCUAAAACUGAUGCUGGAGAAAGCACUGCGAGCUUUAAGACUUGUCUAGGUACAUGAUGGGUUAGCGAUGGGUCAGGGUUUAUCUUCACUUCUCACGUUUGUCGAUUUUGAUUUGUUUUUGGACUUCAUUUAAAACCCGCUGUAUAACAGAAAAUUAGACGUUUUUACCAUUAUUUCGUGUGCCAAAGUCUUUGUUUUUUUAUUUAAAUGUGUUUUAACUGGGUAUGUUGAUUACGAAAGGUGAAUAAUUUGUAUAGCCUGAUUUUACAUACAAAGCUGCUUGUGUACGCCGGCCAAAGGCAGAUGCAGUAAACCAGGAAACAGAUCAUUCACAUUAGGGUUCACUUUUGCGGACUUCCUGUUACCGCACCGUAAACAGGAAGUGACCUUCAAGGGUUUAGCUCCACAGUCCUGGUUUAGGUGCGCAGAUUCAAAAGGACACACGCCAUCGCAGUUUCUCACUAAAGCCUUAUAUUUCAGUGUUUGAACCCACACAAACAUUCUUUCAUCUGAUAUUUUAGCCUUCACUCUUGUUUUGUCUUUUUGUAAUCAUGUUACACUUAACGUUCACUUUUUUGUUUCAAAACCUUUGUUAGAAAUAUAUUGUGUUAUUGUUUGCAUAUAAAGUUCUGAAAUCCUCUUUUGUAUUUGACAAUAUCCUCAUAGAGCUGUUUUAGAAUGUAGGAAAUGAGAUGUUUUUUUCUUUUACAUCAUGUUCAGUUCAUGUUUAGCUACAGUAGUGUUGUAUACUUAAUUCUUCAUGUUAUAUUUCAUGGUAGAAUGUUUGACAUUUUGAUUUCCAAUAUGUUGAACAAAAUGUUCUGUUUCAUGUUGUCUUAAAAAACGAGUGAAUGGAAAGAAAAAAGGUUUAUUUGUAGGUAGCGCAACGAAUAAGAACGACGAUUGAUAUUUUAACCCUUCGUGUCAAAUCAAGACCACAUUCGCAAUUGUUUCGUUAAAGUAUCAAUUGUAUGUCCUAAAGGAUGUUAUUUUCUACUGUAUUCAUUUCAGAAUUUAAAAUCGUGUUGUGAUAUUUCAAAAAAAAGAAAGAAAACGAGAAAAAAAACAUCCCUCAAUAUAUCAGGCCAAACAAGAGCAGCAACAUUUCUGAAUAUUUAAAUAUAUAUAUAACAUGAUGGAGGUCACGUGGCCUCCGGCUGCAAAUGAAAGAGAGAGAGAGCCAUAACUUAAGGGACGAAGGUUGACUUUUUGCACUUCCUGUACAUAGUCAAUAUAAAGAAAAGAAAAGGAACAUGUAUAAUAUUGAGAUCUUAUUUUGAAUAAUAAAAGAUUCUAUAACUAUGAGAAAUUUUCUUAGGAUAAUUUAAGAAUUAGAGUAAUAGUCCAGCUAACAGAUGACGCUUGCAGAAAUGGCACAGCUAUUUUAUUAUCAUUUCCGGCCAGAAUCACGUUCAGAUCAAGCUCAGCAUUGCCUGCACGGUACACACACACAAUGAGAUUCAACAGAAUUGGCAGUACACUCCAUCUCAACUUAAGUUUUUACUGUGGGAAAUUUGGUUUUAUUUACAAAUAGAUCUUCAGAAACACAGGAUUUGUCAUAUGAUGGACAUAAGUAACUGCAUGAAGAAUACAAAUGAACAGUACAUUUUUCAUAAUAGAUAAUUAGUUAGAUAAGUUCAUUUCUCACAGUAUCGUUACUCUCAUUGCCACAGCAUAUCGUGUAGAUCAAGUACACAAACAGUAAAUAUCUGAGGCGCACUGACUUCAAAUCCACUCUAGACGCAAAACACUUCCACAUAACUCACAAGAGAAAGUUGCUUUGUGUCUUGAAGACGUGCCUUCAGCAGGGAAAGGACACCGACCACAGAGUAAAAAAACAAACAAACAAAAUGAAUGUAAGUGUCAAAUCCUCCACUGAGGUCUGUGUUUUACUCACUCGAGGUUGCUGCACAAGAGCUAUGAAACCAAAGCAUCACUUUCCCUCUAAAAACUGCUCAUCACAGGUGAUCCUACCUGCUGAAAGCACCUGCUUGGAUGCUUAACGCCCUCCAUCAAAUCUUACACCUGCCCUUUGCUUAUAGUUGCUGUAAGAUAUUGUGCUGCAUUCUAAAAGACUUGUUUUAUGCACAUUUAUUAUUGUUAGAAUUGACUCUUACUGUUAUGAUUAAAAACCUUAAUAAACAAAAAUGGAUUUGCUCAA